AUGUGGUACGGGUGCGUGCUGGUGGCGACGGCGGCAAGUAGGGUGGGCGGGAGGGCUGGCGGAUCAGGGAGGGCAACUAUUGACGGACGGGAGACCAGUCGUUGCCAGUUGGUGGGGAAGCGUUGUGGAAGCGCCAUGAGGCAUGCUCCUCCCAUGCUCCUUCUCCUCCUCACACACAUAACACCCGCCCAGCAACAACAACAACAUUCUGAACCGACGGAGGACACACUCCUCGAAGCCCCGUCGCCGCGCGGUCCGUCAUCCAUGUCCUCGUCCUCGAGGCCAUCCUAUCCACAUGCAUUCUCCGACGGGAAGUCUAGGAAGAGCUGGUGA